CGUGACGCCCACAACCUCCGUGGGCGCUAUGUCGAACUCACUGUACCCAUGGAUAGCGGGUUACUUAGUUCGCAUCGCGGAAGUGCACGGGGUCAAGAUAUGGGAGGCACCACUCAUCAAGAAGAAGGCUCAGAUAAUAGAGUUCAAGCGCAAAGAUCGUGCACAUGAUGACGAGGACUCUUUCGUCUGGGCUGAAGUCUCGGACAAGGACUACCGGAUGCCCAUCCGCUUCAGUAAGGAAUCUGUCGCUGCCUACCGUCUACGAACUCGGGCACAUAUGGAAGACAAGAUAUCUGCUAUCGCUACCGUGACUGUGAAGCCUAUGCAUACGCACGUCCCUUUAGGCGAUGGCAAGGGGGUGUCGCACGACUUGCGGCUGGCGUUGGACUGCACCGAGUUCCACCUCAUUGGCAGCUUCGGAGAGGAGAUAUUUGGCAGGCCCAAGCCAUUGAGACGACACACGGAGAUAUCUGCAUGGGAGAAGGCUCUGAGCAAGGAUGGCGGAGAAGGCAACUUCCUAAAGGAUCGCAAAGAGGCGGAGCAGAAGACAGCGGUGAACUCAGCUGACGCUAAUGUCCCGCCCGCACCGACGACACCCAGGAAGGCCGAACCAUCCCGGCAAACUCCGCGGCAACAACCAAAGCCUCAAACGUCCAUUGAAGAUGCUUACAUACUAUCCGCGACUGACCUGGACCUCGUGAAACAAUAUUUCGCAAGCGUGGCUAAAUCGAAUGCCCCCAACGAAGCCGAGGACAAGGUCAAUCCUGAGGAACCGCCUCUAAAGAGGAGGAGAAUCGGUGACCCAUUGCAAAUCAGCUCGGCCCCGGCAAGUCCUGCUAGCAGCGAUCGACCAAUCUCGAACUGGGAGCCAACGCCUGAACCUGAAGCAAGAGGCGGUAUGGAUCCUGACGAGAUGGAUGCUGAUCCAGGCGAACUUGACGGCGAAAACGGGGAGGAAGAGGGUUCCAGCCAAGCGGCUGAGAAUUCUCAGCCUGCAACAACCCAAGAUCCUCAACCUGCAGCGAUGGGCAGUUCUCAGCCCGCAGUGCUCGAUAGUUCGCGCGUAGCCAAUGACGGCUCGCAGACGUCGGCGGGAGACAUCUCUCUGACGAAAGUCUUCCCCCUCAACCAACUUGCGAAAUAUCGUCCGAGCGAGACUUCCCAGGAUACGGGCGGACGGCCUCCGACGCAGGACCCGACUGACAACUCGUCGGCGGCGGACUUUCUAUUCGGCACGCCCAACAGGACGCAAGGGAGCAAGCAGUCGCAAACGCCGAACAUGCUGGGAGUCGACAGUCCUAUGGCGCCAUUGCGCGACCUGUGGGGUGCAAUGCAGAGUCCUGACGGGCAGAGUGGCACGCCUGUGGCAGUGGCGGGUGGAACCCCAGCCAAAGCUGGCCCCUCUUCGCUAGAGGCCAACUCUUUGGAGCGUGAACCUUCGCUGCGCCCACAAGACCCUGCGUCGCUUAGCCGGGUUCCCUCGCCUAGUGGCACGAAAGGCUCUUCUGGCGAGGAGGCUGGCGCUUCACAGGGACCUUCGCAAGGCGCCGAACCUUCACCUCGCAGCCUCCGCUCGCUGCAGCCGUCGCCGCGUAGCUCACAGAUACCGCCUCCCAGCCCAGCGCCGUCGCCUCGCAAGCGCCAGCCUUGGCUUGGUGGCCCACAGCCAAUGCGUCCCAGCCCACAGCCGUCGCGCGCGAAGGCCAUGUCCGCGCAACUCCUGCGGCGCGUGCCACCGCCGGGGCAGCCACCCGCGGCACGCGUGGCUGAGAGCUCGAGUCAACCUCGCGUCCUGGUGCCGGACUCGGAUGUGUCGUACUCGAACUCGCAGCCGUCGCAGGAGCAGAGGGCGUCGCAGGGCCAGAGGGCGUCGCAAGGGAAGACGUUGUCGCAAGAGAAAGAGUUGUCGCAAGAGGGGAGGGGUUCGCGCGAGCAGAAGGCGUCUCAGGAGAGGAAGGCUCCGCAGGAGCAGGAUGCGACGCAAGGCCAGAAAAUGCCACCGCCUCGUUCGCAACCUUCUCAGCGGUCGCAGCUAAACACCCAAGCGUCGCAGUCAAACUCUCAAUCUUCGCUGCCUCAGUCACAGUUGGCGCCUCCUCGGUCACAGUCACCGCAGUCUCAACCGCAGCCGGCGGAGCACGUUUUGCAGUCGUUGCAGCCUUCGCAGGUUUCUCAGUCCCGAGACGAGGGAGGUUCACCGCUGCGCGGGGAGGGAUCACAGCAGCCGCAGGCGCACUUGCGCGCAUCAAACUCGCGUUCGCAAGGAGCAGGUCAACGCUCUCAGUCAUCAACGCAGCCUUCGCAGCCAUCUCUCCGCCGCCCGUCGAAACAGCCGUUAGGCCCGCCAUCACGUUCAGUCGAACAGUCAUCGCAACCCGGGCCGUCUGCAUCCCGCCGUCAGUCAUCUAACUCACGUCCUCAACCAUCGCAGCCCUCGGGAGGCGGUCGAGGUGCCGGUCACGAGGUGAUUGAGAUUAGUGACAGCAGCGGAAGCGAGGACGACGUGGUGGAGGUGAAGAUGACCGGAGGUCUUGCGGCAGCGAGGGCGCGUCUUCUCGAGAGGCGGUCGGGCGCGGGUAAGGUCGGUGAUGGACAGUUGACCAAGGUUGGUGCGACCGAGCGGCCUCAGGGUGGCGCGGACGAGGGACCUCACGGUGGCGAUCAUAACGGCGACGCGCAUGUUGAAGUGGUCGAUCUCGUCUCUGAGCACGGCGACGAAGACCUCGAGGCCGACGAAGGCUCUAAAGCCGACGAAGCCGUCGAAGACGGCGACGAACCCGAAGGCGACGGCGACGAAGACCUCGAAGGCGACGAGGAGGAAUACGAGGGCGACGAAGAGUCGGACGACUCGUACGACUGGGCUGCCAUAUUCUCCGACGGCGAGCUCGAAAUCAACCUCCAGCGGUGCAAAACGCCCGGCCCAUCGCAGGAGGUUGGGGAGGCGUCGCAGAGGAAACCAAACUCGAGGCGUGGUGGCACGAAGCCAAGCUCGCAGCGGGAAGAAGCGGGCUCGCAGAGGACGAAGCCCACCUCGAAGGGGGUGAAGCCGAACUCGAAGCGCGGGGUUGACACCUUGCAGCAGACAAAACCUAGCUCUCGGCUUGGAUCCACGGCAGUGAAGCAGAGCUCAAAGUCGACCUUGAGGCCAUCGGACGGUGGUCACAAGCACGUCAAGUCGAACUCUCAGAAUGUGCACUUCGACGAUGAGCAGACCCCAGUACCUGCUGAGCUUGCGCCAGAAUCGUGUCGCCGGGCUGCAGAGCGCAAUGACCAAGCAUCUCGUUCUGCAAGGACGGAAGAGAAGACAACAACAAGCCGUAAUCGCCAGGCGCAGAUCGCAACUAAGGGCCCCCUCCGUGCGAUGCUAGCCCAUAACGAUGCAAGAUCGGAUAUGGAUGAAGACGAUAAGCAAACAGACGGCAAGCUGUUCGCGCGUGCGGGAAAUUCCAGCCGCGAGAAAAUACCCCAACCCGUCUUUGGUCACAAGCCGCAGGCGGGCCCCUCCUCUGCUCCACGUCCCGCCCUUCCCCAACACGUCGAAGACGUAUUCUCUGCGGGAGCUUCUCAGCUGGUCCCCCACGACGCAGAGGCGUGGCGAGCGCCGUCCUUUCAGAAAUCCAGCCAGACGCCGGCGGUUAUCGACAAAGGGAAGAGAAGGGCGGACCCCGGGCCGCAAUCGAUAUCCAAACCGCCCGAGAAGCGUGCGCGCACGGAGGGCCAUGCGGGCACAGAGACGAGGCCCGGGAAUCGCAAGCGGAAGCGGGGGGAAGUGGACGAGGGCGCGCCCCUGGCAUCGUUGGCCAUCGACUUCGACAUGAUCGAACGCGAUGCGGGCGAGGGGAAGUACGCGAGGAGCUGGCUUACCUGGGAGGGGGUAGGGGAUGUAUUGUUGGCUGUCGGCCGACGGCGGGCGGCGAAGGCGAAGGCUGCGGAGGAGAGGGAGGUUGGCGCUAGAGGCUAACUCCGCGAGCGCGAUGGAGGGCGCGGGGGCGGCGCGGUCGCGUGCAGAGGGCCACGCUCCUCGUGACUUGGAGAGAAUUCCAUUGGCGGAGGGCGUUCGUUGUGCCACACGGGUAAAAUUGUUUUCUUGCGCGCGUGCCGCGUCGUCCUCGGAGUCGAAGCAGCGAGCGUGCAAUCUGAUUUGAGAAUGCGGUGAGAUCGAUGCCGGCAGCUGUACGCGCCUCAUAAGCCCCCCACCGUCCCCCCACCUGAACCUGCGGGCGUGCUCG